CGGAACUCAAUCCGGAAUUUUAUUUGUUACUGUUCUAAUUUUACUCUUGUUUUCAUAUUUCCCGCGUGAGAUCAGUUGUUUACUUUACCGAUGGAAUUUGGCUAUUUUUUCUCUAUCAGACAACAGUUUUUUCACCUGAUUGAAUAAAGGAAUUACUACUGUAAAACUCUUCUAUUCGUCAUGUUAGCUGUCUGCAACCCUACCUAGAGGCAGCACAGGGAAAAAACUAGGACAUUUAUCUCACAACGCACUGUUACAUGCUACUUCUACGAUGUACACAGAUGGUUACGACGAUACAGUAGAUAGAGAAGAUAGACCAGUCAGAAUGGCAUCAAAAUCAGAAAAGGGUCAAGAGUACUACAAAGAACAGAAAGAAAUGUUUGAAAAAAGAUUGAAAUCAUCUGGUUUUAUGCUCAGUAGCACUAUAGAAACCUAUGAACAAACUCUACCAAAAUCAAUAACUGGACUAGAAAUGGCACAAGCAGAUCUACACACAGCGUACAAGAGAUAUGACAAAGAUGCGAACAGUUAUUUAGACUUUCUCGCGAGAUCACGUGAAACAGAAGCUCAAGAGGACAUCAAUGCAUACUGGGAAAUCAUGAAUGACCUUAAAAAGAAAUACAACUCUCUAAUGGACAAAAUCACACUUCAACGGGACUCUGUUGAGACAAGAUCUAUGACAAAAUCACAUAAAACAGAUUAUUCUUAUAGAAGUCAGAAGUCAAAUGCUUCAGAAGCUGCACUUAAGAGAGCAAAGGCCGAGGCUGAAAAAGUGAAACUCAAAUUCGCAGAACAAGAAGUUACACUGAAAAAAGAACAGUUUGACAAAACGUUACAGAUCGAAUUGCUUCAACAACGUAAGACUGCCGCAGCAGCGGACGCCGAAGCCACUUACCUCGAAAAACAAUCAACCGCUGAUGACAAUGAAGCAGUCAAGUUACCCGAGGAGGAAUUGAGUCCUUUGGAGAAAACUUUGCAAUUUUUAGAUGAAAUAAACACAGGCACCAAUGAUACCCAGCCUCCGCUUACAACUGACGUCCCACAAGACAAGCCUCUUUCACCCGAUUCUGAACCUUUUGUUCCAAAAUCAACUUUGCACGAAGUCUCCUCGACUCCUCAAGUGCCUUCACAUAUUGUACAGAAAAGACACAGUGACAGAAUGGGUGUACUGGAAACAUUUGACGAUGAAGCUACAGUCUUGAAUCAUCUAUCGCCAGGAAACUUUGUCAUGAAGAAAAACCUACUCUUAGAAACCUUUCAGCAACAAAAGUUUGAUGAUAAGCCAGAUGUUACAUUGUUUGGAAGAAACAAUUUAAAGUCAUCACCUCAGACAUUAAGUGCACACCUUUAG